CACCUCUCAAAAGAAAUAUCCAGCCCAUCGGCUCGAAUUCCUAGCCCUGAAAUGGAGUGUGUGCGAGAAAUUCAGUCAUUGGUUAAGAGGCCAUUCAUUUACAGUAUGGACUGACAACAAUCCUCUUACCUAUAUAAUGACUAAGCCUAAAUUAGAUGCCUGUGAGCAACGCUGGGUGUCUAAGCUAGCUCCUUACACAUUUGAUUUGAAACACAUCCCAGGGACAAAGAAUGUUGUAGCGGAUACCCUCAGCAGAGACCCCUUCACUAAAACAGUUGGUGAAAGACUCAUAACUGAACAGUAUGAACAACUACUUGCUGAGGCUGAGAACACCACCCCGGACAGUAUUCAAGACACCUUCAGAUUAAAAGUCCAAUGUCAGAGAGUUAACAGAUCAAAGCAGAGAGACACAACUCUUCAGUCUAACCCGGCCCUAAGUUGCUGUGAUGAAGAUGUGAGUGCUCUGCUGAAUGUUCAUAAUCAAUGGGAAGCUGCUGCUGAGACAAGAGCUGUGCAAUUUAUUCAAGCAGUGCAGGAUUUGUUGCCUCCAGGACAGGACUCGCUUCCAAUGUUCACACUGGCGGAACUGCAGCAGAGUCAGGAAAAUGAUGUUGCCAUUUCGGCUCUCAUGCCAUUUGUCAGUUGUAAGAAACGCCCAUCUAGACGUGAAAGAGCAAAAUUUGAUUCAAGAACUAUGGUUUUGCUAAAGCAAUUUGAGAGACUUAAAUUUCAAAAUGGGGUUCUUUACAGAGUCACCAAAGAUCCCAUUAGUAAACAGAAGAGGCAUCAGUUUGUUCUUCCAGAAAGUCUCAAAGAGAAAGCUUUGUGUGCUAUUCAUGACUUUGCAGGACACCAGGGACAGGCCAGAACAAUGCAUCUCGCAAGGCAGAGAUUUUUUUGGCCGAAAAUGGAGCUUGACAUAAAAGACUAUGUGAAGUGUUGUCAAAGGUGCAUCCUGGCGAAGACUCCAGACCCGUCUGCUCGUGCUCCUUUGGAGAGUAUUCGAACUUCUGCUCCUAUGGAUUUAGUGUGCUUGGAUUUCUGGAGUGCUGAGGAUACGAAGCAGCGGUCAGUAGAUGUACUCGUCAUAACAGAUCAUUUUACAAAGCUGGCCCACGCAUUCCCCUGCCCAAAUCAAACAGCUAAGCAGGUGGCAAAAAAACUGUGGGAUCAUGUGUUUUGCGUGUACGGUUUUCCCGAGCGCAUUCACUCUGAUCAGGGCACAAAUUUUGAAAGUGAACUCCUUGCUGAGCUGCUCAAGUUGUCAGGAGUGUCAAAAUCCCGCACAAAAGCUUAUCACCCCAUGGGGAAUGGUGGGACAGAGAGAUUUAACCGAACGCUUGGAAACAUGCUUCGGUCUCUCCCCCUGAGACAAAAGGAAAAGUGGCCUCAGCAGAUACAGACCUUGACAUUUGCAUAUAAUUCAACAGUGCAUGAAACUACUGGAUAUGCUCCUUUUCAGUUGAUGUUCGAAAGGAUUCCAAGACUGCCUGUUGAUGUUAUGUUUAAACAAGUGUUGAGCGAUCCUGUGGUGGUGGAUUACAAAAACUAUGUUAAAACGCUCAUGUCACAUCUUCAUGAAGCAGCUAGGAUUGCUCAAAAACACAGCACUAAAGAACAAGACAAACAAGCUGAGGGCUACAAUCGUAAGAUCAAAGGCACUCAUUUGAACAUCGGAGAUAGAGUCCUCAUUGCAAACAAUGGUGAACGAGGCAAGAAAAAGUUAGCUGACAAGUGGAGCCCCACAGUGUACACAAUCAAGGACAGGAACGCACAGAACCAUACCUACAAAGUAGAAGACUUCAACGGAGUAACAAAGGUUGUGCACAGGAACCUACUAUUGGAUGUGAGCUUCCUGCCAGUUGUGAAGGCUUGUGAUGCUGAUGAGGAGGAGUUGUGCACACCUGACUCGUUGGAUGUGGAAAACAGCAUGGUGCGGACUAGCUCGUGGAUAAUGAGUUGCUCUGAGUUUUCAUGCAGUCAGAUGGACCAGGGUGAUAGAACAUCUCAUUUGGACCAGACAAGUCAAGAUUCUCCAGAGCCAUACAGCGAAAGAGAGUCUCUGUGUGAUGUAAUUCCAUCUCAAUACCCAAGUGAAUGGAGCCCUCAGAGGGAUGGAGGUGAUGAUUUGGAUAGUCUGGUUGUUGAAAAUGUUUCCAAUUCACCCCUUGCUCAGUUAUCUUCAUUGGAGCCUGAAGCUGACACACUGGCAGACUUGCACCUAGUUCACCCAGACCCUGGUAAGGACACUUCUGAAGUGCUGACUCAGGCACAUCCGGUGAAAAAUGAGGAAUGUGUAGUCACAACUCGAGUAGGGAGAGUUAGCAAAAAGGUCAACCGACUUAUUGAAACUAUGGUUCAGAGGCCUUUGGGUUUGAAAGAAUUUGCUCUUAGGAGGAAGUCUCAGUCAUUGUUGACGUUAUUCUGAAAGUUCAGGGGAUCGCGUGUUUUUUUUGUGAUACAUGGUAUUCAAGUAUCCCUCAGAAUCUGUGUGCUUGUGGCAAGGUACUGGUAUGGUGUAAACGGCAUCAUAUUAAUCUAGGAGACAUUAAGGUCUGAUCAACCUUAUGGCUACUCUGAACCUGUAUGACAGGUAAUUAUCUAAUUGACUGUGAAGCUUAGAGCUUUCUUGGAGCCCUUGCUAAGUGAUGAGGUUUCGUUUUCUAUUAGAUACAUUUUGGCGAAAUCUAGGAGGGGAGGAUGUAGCCCAUGUAAUAUGUUUUGUGUUAAUUUCACCAAAAUCGCUUUUGUUGUCUUUAUUUUGUUGUUUUUAUGGGAAUGUUUUAAGCGGAGACUUUUAUUUUGGUGGUUCGCUGCUACUUCCUGUCUUUUCGCGGCAUCCCCCUCAGUCUCUGUGAGGACUGCCGAGAGGAGGUGUGUGUGGAAGAGUGAGACCCGACGCGACGUUUAUGUGCUGUAUUUUUGUUUUCACACAGGUAUGUGAGCAUUUAUUUUCAUCAGAUAUAUUUCAUUACCUUUUGCUUUUAUUAAUUGAUUUAUAUUUGUUUGGGGUAUAUUUUAACACAGUGUUAUUUGUAUUGAUGUUUUGUAAUUUGAAAUGAUACAAAAAUGCCAUUCAAUGAGCGGAAGUGUGCUAUAUAUGUACUUUUGUAAUAUGUGGAGUCUCUGGGAGGACUGCCGAGAGGAGGUGUGUGUGGAAGAGUGAGACCCGACGCGACGUUUAUGUGCUGUAUUUUUGUUUUCACACAGUAAAUGCCCUUAAAUGGA